AUGGAGGACCCAGCAGAUCACGAUGAGACAUACCGAAUAGGCGAUGUUGCCGUAGACUUCGGGAGUACAGCGACUCGUGUUGUUGUUGUGGUGACUGAAAUCAACAGAAUCACCAAGACACGAAGGAUCGUCGACAAGUUGCAAAUACAGGACACUCGAGCGUGCGACGAUUCAGGCAGGCGCUUUGAACGAGGCGAAUUUCCGUCGCUUGCAUGUCCUUUCGAUGGACCGCCUUUCCUUUUUGGCUACGAUGCAGCCGAACAAGCGACCAAGAGACGCACCUCUAUGAAAAGCUUCCCUUACUUCCGGAGCCAGCUCUGCCAUCCUUAUACGGCAGAGCUCUUCGAGCAUUGGUCAUCUUUGGAAUCUGAAAUUGCAAAACAAGAGUUCAAUGAUACUCUUGACGGCAUAUUGCUAGGCUUUUUCACUGACAUCGUAAACAAAACAUUGACCAAAGGUCUGGAAGAGGAGUUUGAGAUCCGGACUAUUGCUCUCUGCAUACCGAACGCAUGGUCAGCCCGCGAAAACAAAAUUCAAGAAUACCUCAGCCCCAUUCUGGACAAGACCGUUGCAGGCAAAAAUAUCGAGUUUACCUUCAUGUUUGAGGCUGCAGCACGCGCACAAUACCUCUUGUCACGAUAUUCGAGACAGUUGAAGAAUUACAAUUAUCUGAUGGUCCUUGAUUUCGGUGGACAUUUCAUGGGAGGUGCCGACGGCGCGCUUGUGUGGAGAUCCGACGGUCGCCCUGCGUUCUUCUCCCCAAAGGAGAGCGACUUUGGACAAAAAGGUGGUUACGCUCUAUGGGAACUAGAAAUUGGCAAGGUUAUCGAUGAACAGAUGACGAAGGACUGGAACGCCCGAGCGAGGUUCCCAGAAAAGCAUCGAGGCAUGAUUCGAACAGCCUUUCUCGACAAAUUCUUCCAGGAAAAAGCCAACGUUCUUUCAGAUAAGCCUAGGUUCUUCCAAGGGAAAGAAGAGUUCCCCUCAAACAGGCCGCCAUUCCGGCUCACCAUUGACUUGUCAAAUACGCCUACAGACCUUGAGAAACACACCUUUUCCAUCAACAUCCCCGUCGAGAAAUUGCAAACUGGAUGGGAAAAGGCUUACCGUGGCAUACUCGACUUAGCCAAAAGCAAUAUCAACCGUGCUGCUGAGAAGGGCGAAAACGUGUAUGUCCUUCUGGCAGGCGGCAGUAUUAGCAAUUUGAAAGCCAGAAGCGAGAUGCAGGAUUUCGGAAAUAAUCGGGGCCGCCUCUGGUCGCAAAGAACUACUAAGGGGUCUAUCACAAUGAGAAUCAUGGAGGACAUACAAGCGGUCGGUUGGAAAUGGACAGCGGCUGAAGGUGCUGCUGAUUGUCUGGCAAAUACAAUGGAUGUCGAAGAGUAUUUUGACAAAGGAGCCCCAUUGGCCGUCCAGAUGACAACGCCAAAGGGGAACUUCACUGCUCAUACCUCCGGUACCGCAAAGGUGCUGUUUUGCAAGACAAAAGGCGUCGAACGGCGACAUGUCGUAGAGGUUAACAUCAAAGAUCAGAGGUCCUUCCAACUUAUUUCCGACCCCAUCCACGACACAAAGAAAGAGGACUUGAUGGCACUAGAAGUCCUAUCCGAAAUCUGCUACGAUAUUUGGGAAAUAACUCUUGACCUUGAACCAACCACUGGAACGAAACCACCCCGCCGUAUACCAGAUGGAAAAUACGUCCUCGAUGUUUUCGACAUGGAAUAUGCUGGGAGAGAUGCCGUGGUUGUCCUUCGUCUUAGGAGAAGGUUGCCGCCCGUCGGGAGAGCUGCUCUGCGAUCGAAGGCGCUAUCCAAGAGGGGAGCAUCGCUCGAGGAGGGCGGUAGCUUGUACCUUGAACUCCCUUUGGUUUCAGAUGAGGGAAGCAACCUCGUUGUGCUUGAUAUAGACCUCAUCAAGGGACGGGUUUGGAAGUCUAUGCGCUCGGUCAAGGGUCAGAUAGAUGCGGACGCAGAAGCAGGGCCAGAUCUGAGGAGCGAUUCGGAGAAAAAUAUCAGUGUCAAGCAGAGAAAGAGGACAUUUAACAAUGGCUCUGACAAUCGGAUGGCUAAGCGACUCAAGCAACUCAAGCGUGGAGAAGACUAA